UGGUUCCUCUGAAGCAAACAUCAUUUACAAGCAUAACCAUGCAAGCUGCUCUACUGCUGUGCAUGCUGGGAUCAGUGUUGGUUGAAGCCAAUGUCUUCUCCUGGGGUGGACGUCGUGAGACCUUGAGAAACAACAUAGAAAAUGUGUGUCUUACGGACCAGGCGUCGUGUGGCUGCUGUCUGAUGCAGCAGCAAAUUCACAAGAUGGAGACGUUUUUCAAUAUGAGCCUCAGUGAGCUUGAGAAGGAGCUGACCAAGACAAAGGCUGCCCUUGACAAUGUCAGAGGCAGCCGGAGCGCGUUCUCUGUGGCGCUGAACAACGACAAUCAUUUGAACUGCUACGGUACCUUCCGCGACGACAAGCUCGUCAUCUACAAACACGUCUUCAUCAACCUCGGAGGUGGUUACAAUGUAGAGACUGGGGUCUUCACUGUUCCCCGCUCUGGUGUCUACAGUCUUGCCCUCACAGUCUACAGUGACGCUGGCUCUCCUGGGAACACCCUGGCCGCCUGUGCCAGUCUACAAGUUAAUGACAUGGUCGUGGCUGGACCCACAGAUCACAACAUGCAAGACCAAGAGGACAGUGCCACUAUUGUUAUGGCCCUCCACCUGAUGGCUGGGGACCAAGUGGCUGUCAAUUUGCCCGUUGGAUGUUUCCUCUGCGAUAACAAAAGCCACUACAACACUUUCUCUGGCUUUCUGCUGUAUGCUACUGACUAACAUAGGAGAAACGUUCGGUUUUCUGCUCUGUUUUUGUGCUGUGUCUGAUGUGGGCGUGUCUGAACAUGUGUAAAGUGAUCUUUUUGAUAAGAGCAAAUGUUUCUUUUUUCAUUAUUUUUGCCUGUGUAAUUGAUCCAUGUCCCGACUUCUGCACAAAUGACUCAAACUAGUGUUUGCUUUUUCAAUUGUUGGGUUUCUCUUUUCUCUACUGUUACUAUGUACAGUGCCUUGAGAUAAUGUAUGUUGUGAUUUGGCGCUAUACAAAAAAAGGAAAUUGAAAUGGAUGUUGUGAAGGAGGACAUGAGGACAGUGAGACACUGUGGGGGACCUAAAGGAAGAAUCCUGAAGAAGAAGAGGACGAAGGUUCAAGUAAAUUAACAGAUGACAUAUAUUUAGUUGUUGUUGCAUUUUGUGAGUUUCUGGAUAUGGGGUUUGUAAUUUACUUUUAACGUUGAAUACAUGCACCAGCUGUUCAAAGAUCUGUAACCAUAUAGUAGAAAUAUUAGUAUAAUUAUGAGCAUUAGGGCAACUGUAAACAUCUAAACCCAAAAUGCUUGUAGAUUCAGUGCAUGAAAGUGUCAUGUUUACAGUAGAUAUGUGUGUAAAUCAUCAAAAGAAGAAAAUCACUACACUGUACAAUUCAAGUUUAUAUUUCUAUUCAAUAAAUAAAUAGCUACAGACA